AAUAAAAAUAGUCAUUGUUUUAUUUUUUGCUUAUUUCAAGGCAUUUAGUCAUUUUACUUUCGAAGCAUCUUGUCAUGAACAGAUUGUUGUUGAUAUUCAAGGUGUUGGUGAUUUAUAUACUGAUCCACAAAUUCAUACAAGUCUUGGUUUUGAAUAUGGCGAAGGUAAUCUUGGUAUUCGUGGUAUGACAUUAUUUUUUUCUACACAUGAAUGUAAUCCAAUAUGUAAACGUCUUAAUUUAACAUCAUUUGACUUAUCACCUGGUGAAUGUGAACGUCAUAUACAACAACAUGCAUCAAGUCCAUCAUAUACAUCAAAUCUUCCAGCUCAAACAAUAUGUCGUGGUUCGGAAGAACCAUUAAAAGAUUGUUCGAAAUUUUCUUCAUUAUUUCAACGACUUCGUUCAGCAUCGUUAAUAUCAGAAGAUGAUUCGGAUGGUUAUGUUUCUGAAACAUCAUCAAUUACAGGUGGUACUGUUCGCAUACUUAAUCAUAGUUUAUCAUUACCACAAGCUGGACUAUCUAUGACAAUGCCUAAUGAUGAAAAUUCGCUGUUAUCAUCAUUACUUAAAAAUACUAAAUCACUAUUGUCAACAGCUAGCUUGAAUAGUCCAUCACCUGAUUCUUUACGUUCACAAUCUGAUUUCAACUUAAACAUGGAAGAUCUGUAUAACGCUCAAACACCGAAUAGUUAUGGAGACAGUCAUCGUCCUUCAUCAGUUAUGCUUGAAAAAAUUGAAAUGCGAAAAUUUGAAGAAACAUCUGCUUCUUAUGAAAAAUAUGAAAGUAUUCUUGGACAGAUUCAUCUUGAAAUGUGUAAAUGUUAUCAAGUUGGUAGAUUUAGUGAAUUAGGUUCCGAAGAAUUUGAUGAAGAAUCAGCAUUUUUUCAUUUAGAACAAGCAGUCGAAUUAUGUAUUAAAGAAGCUAUAUUUAUAUUAGCAAAAAUUUAUUUAGAUUUACCUCGUGAUCUUUUAUCGCAUUAUCGUCCAACGGAUCAAGUUAAUCAAGUUAGUAAAGGUUUUAAUUUGAUGAUUCGUGCCAGUGAACUACAUGAAACAGAAGCAAAUCUUUAUUUAGCACAACUUUUUGAUAAUGGUGCUGAAGGAUCUUUAGAACCAGAUUGGAAACAAGCAACUGAAUAUUAUGAAAAAUACAUUCGUAUACGUGAAAAUGAAUCGAAUAUUAUGGAUGAAAAUAGUGAAUCUAAUGAAUCAGAUCAAACUAAUUCAACUCAUAAUGGCAUUGCAUUUCAUGAUCAUCAUGAUAGUGUUGCUCGUUUAGCUACUUUAUAUAAAACAGGUGGACAUAAUUUAUUAUGCAAUUAUCAAAAAGCUGGUGAUUUAUUUAAUAAGGCAGCAGAAAUGGCAACUGCAGCAAUGAAAGGACGUCUUGCUAAUAAAUAUUACAUGUCAGCUGAAGAAGCCUAUGCAUUAGAACCCGAUGAAGGAGUUGAAGACAGUUAA